CGCCCGGAGCCGCGCGGGCCGUUGAUUGGCUGGUGAGCCGGCCGCACGCGGAGGAGCCCCAAGAGCAGCUCUGUUGCGACAGAGGCCGAACGGCGAGGCCCAGCUCCCUGAAAGAACAGUAACCUGCCCCUGUGGUCCGCCACCAUGCCCUCCGACCUGGCCAAGAAGAAGGCCGCGAAAAAGAAGGAGGCUGCCAAAGCACGACAGCGGCCCAAAAAGGGACACGAAGAAAACGGAGAUGCUGUCACAGAGCCACAGGUGGCAGAGAAAAACGAGGACGUCAAUGGUCAGGAGACCACAGAAGUGGAUUUGCUGGCCAAGGAGCUGGAGGACUUCGAGAUGAAGAAGGCUGCCGCUCGAGCUGUCACUGGCGUGCUGGCCUCUCACCCCAACAGCACCGACGUCCACAUCAUCAACCUGUCCCUCACCUUUCACGGCCAGGAGCUGCUCAGCGACACCAAACUGGAACUAAACUCCGGCCGCCGUUACGGCCUCAUCGGCCUAAAUGGAAUCGGAAAGUCCAUGCUGCUCUCUGCCAUCGGGAAGCGGGAGGUGCCCAUCCCCGAGCACAUCGACAUCUACCACCUGACGCGGGAGAUGCCCCCUAGUGACAAGACGCCCUUGCAGUGUGUGAUGGAAGUGGAUACGGAGCGGGCCAUGCUGGAGAGGGAGGCCGAGCGGCUGGCUCACGAGGAUGCGGAGUGUGAGAAGCUCAUGGAGCUCUACGAGCGUCUGGAGGAGCUGGAUGCCGACAAGGCGGAGAUGAGGGCCUCGCGCAUCUUACACGGACUGGGUUUCACACCUGCCAUGCAGCGCAAGAAACUAAAAGACUUCAGUGGGGGCUGGAGGAUGAGGGUCGCCCUCGCCAGGGCCCUCUUCAUCCGGCCCUUCAUGCUGCUCCUGGACGAGCCCACCAACCACCUGGACCUGGACGCUUGCGUGUGGCUGGAAGAGGAACUAAAGACUUUUAAGCGCAUCCUGGUCCUCGUCUCCCAUUCCCAGGACUUUCUGAACGGCGUCUGCACCAACAUCAUCCACAUGCACAACAGGACACUGAAGUAUUACACGGGUAAUUAUGACCAGUACGUGAAGACACGGCUGGAGCUGGAGGAGAACCAGAUGAAGAGGUUUCACUGGGAGCAGGAUCAGAUCGCGCACAUGAAGAACUACAUUGCUAGGUUCGGUCACGGCAGUGCUAAGCUGGCCCGACAGGCCCAGAGCAAGGAGAAGACGCUACAGAAGAUGAUGGCGUCCGGACUGACAGAGAGGGUCGUGAGCGACAAGACACUGUCAUUUUAUUUCCCGCCCUGCGGCAAGAUUCCCCCACCUGUCAUCAUGGUGCAGAACGUGAGCUUCAAGUACACAAAAGACGGGCCCUGCAUCUACAAUAACCUAGAGUUCGGCAUCGACCUCGACACACGAGUGGCUCUGGUGGGGCCCAACGGAGCAGGGAAGUCCACUCUUCUGAAGCUACUGACCGGAGAGCUGCUGCCCACAGACGGGAUGAUCCGGAAACACUCUCAUGUCAAGAUCGGGCGCUACCAUCAGCAUUUGCAAGAGCAGCUGGACCUCGACCUCUCGCCGUUGGAGUACAUGAUGAAGUGCUACCCGGAGAUCAAGGAGAAGGAAGAGAUGAGGAAGAUCAUUGGGCGAUACGGCCUCACUGGGAAACAGCAGGUGAGCCCAAUCCGGAACCUGUCUGAUGGGCAGAAGUGCCGAGUGUGUCUGGCCUGGCUGGCGUGGCAGAACCCCCACAUGCUGUUCCUGGACGAGCCCACCAACCACCUGGACAUUGAGACCAUCGACGCCCUGGCCGAUGCCAUCAAUGAGUUUGAGGGUGGCAUGAUGCUGGUCAGCCACGACUUCAGGCUCAUUCAGCAGGUAGCGCAAGAAAUCUGGGUCUGUGAGAAGCAGACGAUCACCAAGUGGCCUGGAGACAUCUUGGCCUACAAGGAGCACCUCAAGUCCAAGCUGGUGGGCGAGGAGCCCCAGCUUACCAGGAGGACCCACAACGUGUGAGCCCCCCAGCCGGGCCGCGGGGCCGCACACCUGCAUUGCUGCAACACCGCUCCCAGCCCCUCCCCCGCCCCCACCUGCCUUAGCUGCACUCUGUGAUCCUGUCUACAGCUGGACAGUGCCUGUCCGUCUCCUGUCCUUCCGAUGGUUUUCGUCCACGUCUGGGCUCAGCUGGCUGUGCCUGCCAGCCACUUGCUGGUUCCUGACCCCAGUGCUGCAGCCGGAGGCACCUGAGGGGUGGCCUGAGGGCCCGCGUCCUGGCUGGCUUGUGAAGGAGCUUAGGGCCCCGGGAUCCGGGUUUUGGUGAUGGAGGAGAGCCCCAGCCCACCGCCCCCACUCCUCUCUGCUUCUGGUUUGGAGCUCUGGGUCAGGGCCUUGGUCCUGGUCGGUUUUUAAAUAAUUAUUUAACAGUGUAACUUCUAGACCUGCGUGACAUCUACAAAGCGUCCAAUAAAGAGAGAAGAAGC